AUGAGCUGGGGAUUCUUACACCAUCUUCUGAGUGGAGUGAAUAAAUAUUCAACAGGAAUUGGAAGGAUGUGGGUGGCAGUUGUGUUCAUAUUCUGCUUACUGGUUUACAUUGCGGCCGCAGAAAACAUCUGGAAAUAUGAACAUGAUGAAUUUGAAUGCAGUAUCAAGCAGCCUGGUUGUGAAAAUGUCUGCUUUGACCAUUUUUUCCCCGUUUCCCACAUCAGACUUAGGGCUUUGCCAUUAAUCAUGGUCUCCACUCCUUCACUUUUGGUUGUUUUCCCUGUUGCUUACCAAGAGAACAGAGAGAAAUGUCACAACCAGAACUAUAAAAGUCCAGGAGAGAUAGAUGGUGGAUUGCUGUGCACUUACCUUAUCAGCCUUAGUUUAAAAGGAUUUGAAAUAGUUUUUCUCGUUCUGUUUUAUAAAUUGUACAAUGGAUUCAAAGUACCAAGUCUUGUGAAAUGUGACAUAAGACCAUGUCCCAAUACCGUAGACUGCUAUAUUUCCAAACCCACAGAGAAGAUGAUUUUCCUCUAUUUUCUGGUGGUAACUUCAUGCCUGUGCAUUGUAUUAAAUCUAAGCGAAUUGAGUUAUCUCAUUUUCAAAUACUCCAUAAAAUGUUAUCUGUAGAGGUACAUCAGGAAACAUCAAGGCUCAGAGGGUGACUGCCACGAAUCAGAAAUAAUUGUCAGCAAGAGGCAGAAGAGCGCGGAGGGAGCCUAUGCCAUCAAUAGAGCACAACCACCGAGUUUAUCUGCAAGAUCACAAUCUCACUUCCCUUUCAGAAAGUGCCUUGUUUAUUCAGUUUUUAAUGGUAUGGCAUAAGGACUCAUGUUAUUUUAUAGA